AUGGCCGAAUCAGCAGCACCUGGACCAGCCAACCCCGUGGUCUUCUUUGAUCUUGCUCUCGCAGGUCAACCCCUGGGCAGAGUGAAAAUGGAACUGUUUGCCAACGUCACUCCCCGCACUGCAGAGAAUUUCCGCCAAUUUUGCACUGGCGAGACCAAGAACCCCAAGGGACAGCCUCAGGGCUACAAGGGAUGCAAAUUCCACCGUGUCAUCAAAGAUUUCAUGAUUCAAGGUGGAGACUUUAUCAAUGGGGAUGGUACUGGAUCUUGUACUAUCUACGGCACUCCCAAAUUUGCGGAUGAGAACUUCGCCUUAACUCAUGACCGUGAAGGCCUCCUGAGCAUGGCUAACUCUGGACCCAACACAAAUGGUUGCCAGUUCUUCAUUACAACCACGGCCACACCUUUCUUGAAUAACAAGCAUGUUGUUUUCGGUCAAGUGAUUGACGGAAUGGAUAUUGUUCAUAUGGUUGAGCACACACGUACAACCAGAGAUAAGCCAAACCAGGAUGUCACAAUAGUGCAGUGUGGAGAGAUGUAG